GGGGGCGGGCCUUCCGGCCGCGGGCGCGCGGGAGAGGAAGGUGACCGCUAGGGACUCUUCCUCCUUGCUGCCCCCAAAAUGUCUUCACUUUCAGAAUAUGCCUUGCGCAUGUCUCGUCUGAGUGCCCGGCUGUUUGGUGAAGUUGCCAGGCCCACUGAUUCCAAAUCCAUGAAAGUGGUGAAACUCUUCAGUGAGCAGCCUUUGGCCAAGAGGAAGGAGACUUAUGACUGGUAUCCAAAUCACAACACUUAUUUUGCGCUCAUGGGGAUACUGCGUUUUUAUGGCCUCUACAGAGAUGAGCAUCAGGACUUCAAGGAGGAGCAGAUGCGUCUGAAGAAGCUUCGUGGAAAGGGGAAACCAAGGAAAGGAGAAGGGAAGAGAGCAGCAAAAAAGAAAUAGUGUUGGUCAGUCCAGAGAGAGACCUCCUCCUCAGCGACUGAGAGCAGAAGCAAGAGUAUUUAUUCUUUCCCCAUGUUGGAUGAGUGUAGGCAUCCUGAGCUGAAGGGUAUUUGGAGGAACACAGUCAUCUCCAUGGUGAAGUCUGAUCCAGCUGAAGUGUGACUGGUUUCUUGAACACAUUCUAGUUCUGCAAAGUUAUUUUGGCCUUGGUUUUGUAAUCUGAGGUAUAUCUCAUUCCCUAAAGAAAUGAAUGCACAGAAUUGUUGGAUGGCUUGUUGGGGUGAGAGUGGGAUGUUGGGGAAGGGGAGGGAAACAUUAAAAAAGCACCCUGUAGUCUCCUCGUUACUCCCUCUUGCUUCCUCCUGUCUUUGAUGUCUGGCUUUUCAGCCACUGUCUCCACUACCAAGCUCACAAACUUUAUGUGCCUCUCCACCUGCUCCUUUGAGAAUAUCUAGUAAGAGAGUAUAUACCUGGUAAGAGCAUUAAGUAUCUGCUAUAUACAAGGUACUGGGGCGCUGAUAAUACAGUGAUUAGCAAGAGAAACAGUCCCUACCUGGUAGGACUUUCAGGCCAGUGGGAGAGGCUGAUAUUACCUAAUUACAUAAAUACAAUUGUACUAAAUGCUACAAAGGAAAAAUCCAGACUUCUAGGAGAUGGUGGAUGGGUUGAUGGAUUGAUCCAGAGAGAGCAAGAGCCCAAACCUCAGUGGGGAGUUUAAAGAAAGCCUCCCUGAAGAGAUGAUACUUAAGCUGGCUCUGCAGGGUGAAUAGAGUGGGGCAGAAGAAAAAUGACGGGAAAAGUGAGGCACAGAGAACAGCUAAGGUAAGAAGUUGUCCUGUUCAAGGAAUUGGAGAGAGACCACUAACUAGUGCUGGUUGGUCAUAAGGAAAUGGACAGAGGUCAGAUCAUGAAGGGCCUUUUGCAAGUUCUGUGAAAAAACUUGGACUUCACCAGAGAUCAGAGUGUGUGAGGUGUUAUUUCUCUGAGAGAUGGCUGUUAUAUACAUUUGAGUAACUAGCUGCUCAUUUUAUUGUAGUCUAGCAGUGAGCCUCUAGUGAGGUUGUGAGGGCUUCUCUGAUUUUUUUUUUCCAAGAGUUGCUCUGAAGAUCUCUAGCACUGUAUAGUAAAUUUUUUUACAUACUUUUUUUUAUGUUUUUAUUGUGGUAAAAAACAGAAUUUACCAUCUUAACCACUUAACCUAUUUCUACCUCUCUCUCUCGGGGAAGGAGAGCACCAUGCACAGGCCAGAGCAUGUAUAGCAGCUACGAUUUUCUUUCCCUGCAACUUUAGAACUAUUGGCAAUAAUUCCCUUGUAAAUAAUUCCUGAACUAGUAAGAAUCCCUCUACAUAUGUUUAGGUAAAUGAUAUUUUCAAAAGAUACAUAAUCCAGACGGUAUGCCCAGGGCCUAUAUUAUAGUCGAUAAAAAUAAAAUACUACAAAAAUUGGAUGAUUUGUAUCUGAUAGAUGUGAAUUCCAGCAGAAGCUGAGAAUCCAUGUAGAACUGUUUCCAGAGCACCUCCACGUGCCUGACAUGCUGGUUGUAGAAGACACAGCUGAAUAGACUUAGUCUGUAAAACUGAAUGAGCAUGUGCGUGUUAUAAAAUAUUGCCAAGAUCUCAAGGAUUUGUUUGGGAAAGUGCAGGCGCACUGUUGGCCAGUGCACCUGAGCCUGGUGGAUGGAUGACCACCCCAGAAUGCUGGGCUGAGCAACAGGCUUGCGGCCUGAACCCGGUGCGGAACAUCCCAGGGGUGGUCUGGUUUAUGUUGUCCCCAGCUUUUGGAGAAGGCCUGCAUUAGAGGGGCUUAGGAGAAUUAGCCCGUUACUUUAAAGAGAGUAUAUAGAUACCAACAGCCAACCUGAGUCAGAAAACACAGACUCGGUGGUUGGUCCCCUGACAGACCCAGAGCCUGCAGGGAGCCUUAGCACUGCUUGACAGGAAGUUUGUGGACAACCCUGCAGAGGAUGAGUGUGCCACUGCUCUAUGCCGAAAGAAACUAAAGUUAAAGCGUUACUUACGUAAGCUGUACCCUAAAACCAGCUGAUAAAGUAAGCACUGUGUGACUCAAAGCAACCUAUCCUGAACAGUGGGACAGAUGACAGACGGUAAGAGGAAAGAGUUGACCUUGACGCCAUGGAAGCAACACAUUUCAGGAGACAGUGGCUAAGGGUUAGGACAUGGACUAAGUACAAUCAGAAAAAGCACUUUAACUGUAGGGUAGGCUGGCCAGAUUGUUUCAUUGGAGUGCUCUUGUCAAGACCAAAACUAUUUGUUUUCCCUCUGAUGUUUGGUAUUUUGUGUGCAUGAGGAUUUUCCCCUUGAUUUCAAUGGCAUAAUAAAAAGACUGGGCUUUGGAUUCAAAA